ACACACAGGUAAAGAACUUAAUUUAAUGUUCACAUCAGAAUGAAGAAAAAAUUUGAUCUGUGUCUUUAAGCAUGACAUGCUUGUUGAGUGGAGUAUUUCAGUAACUGCUGAUUUCCUGGGAUUUUCACACACAACAGUCUCUUGACUUUACACAGAAUGGUGUGAAAAACAAAAAAAAAUUUACUGUGAAUGGAGAGUUUACAGGCUGAAACACAUUGAUGAUGAGAGAGAUCAAAGGAGAAUGACCAGACUGGUCUGAGCUGUCAGGAAGUCUAUAGUAAUUCAAAUAAGUACUCUUUACAACCAUGAUGAGAAAAGGAUCUCAGAAUGCACAGCACAUCAAUCCAUGAGGUGGAUGUGCUAAAACAGCAGAAGACCAGAUGAUCUUUUUUCUAAUCUUCUUCUGUCACGUUUGAUGAGCCUGUGCCUAUGAUAGCUUGUUCUUGGCUGUUAGGAGUGGAACCCAAUGUAGUCAUCUGCUGUUGUAGCCCAUCCACUUCAAGGUUUGAUGUUUUGUGAAUGCAGAGAUGCUUUUCUGCUCACUACAGUUUAGAGUGAUUGAGUUACUAUAUCUGUCCUGGCAGCUCAACACCCACUCUGGCCAGAGAAAGACUGUUUGUAUGUUUCAUCAAACCUUAUCUUUACAGGUCAAGGGCAAAGGUUAUCAAAAAUCAAUAUUAUCUUGACAGGUAUAGGUCAAAAGGUCAUCACCAAUCAUCCUUAUUUUGACAGGUGUAGUUUAAUGAUAAAUAAUGUUGUGUUCCCAUAGAUCAAUCAAAAUAAACCUUAUCUUUUUGGUUAAUGAUUAUUAAUGUUAGGUUUGUUUUAGUCUCUUGUGUUUUACACAGCAGAUAAAUAAUAAGGUCAUAUGUAAAUGAUUGUCAAUAGUACACAAACACUUUAAAUCUGGUUCUGGUGCAUUCCUAUACACAUCUGAUGAAAUAAUAAGGUCCUAGUUAAUGAUGAAUAAUGAUAGUCCUUCCCACACACAUACAUAAGUCUGAUGAAAUAAGUAAAUGAUUAAUAAUGAUUUUCCCUAAAUAUCCAACCAAAAAUAUGGCACACAGAAGAUACUUCCUGACCAAUCAGAGUAAAGAAAUCUAAAAUGCUCCAUCCACUAGUGGGCAGUAUAUACACUCUAAGGUUUUAGAAGACGACCAUACCCACCCUCUUAAUUUUAAAUACUCUGUAUGUGGAAUAAUGUGUAUGAGUGUUCAACUAUGGCUGCUUGUGCUAGUGCACCAAAAAAGUUCAAUCUACUCUGGGAAGAUUAGAAAAAAAUUUAGAGCUUGAAAAGAUUCAGUAUUGGGUAAUGUCAAACGGUUGAAUAGUUUUGUUUUCAAUAGCGGUAACGGUCUGAUGAACCGACCAAAUAGUGAAUGUUGAUUCAACAUUGAAAAUUUAUCACCAAUACUGACCCAUACAACUAAAAAUAGAUGUUGAAUCGAAGUCUCUUUGUUAUCUGGGACAGCAUGACUGCAGAAGUAUUCAGAAAAUUAUACACGAAGACACAGUCAAUAUUUCAUUAAAUUAUGCUAGCUGGCUACUUCCCAAGAUUUGCAAGGAGUCUUCCACGUGGUUCUUGCCAUGGUGUUUCAUUGCUUAUUGAAACAUGUUAUGCAGAUAGAAAAGCAAAUUUCCCUCUCUUUGCGAUUUGUUAAUUGUGACCACAUCAUGAUGUUUAGCUGCAUAACUUACUCAAUUUCUUAAGUUGUUGUUAAAGAUGAAGAAUAUUGAUAUGGAAUGAGUAAUUACUCCAUUCUCAAAUAUUUUGGUUGAAAUUUACCAAAAAUAUUAAGGAUAUCUAAAAAUAUAACUUAAAAGAAAUUCUAAUUUAUUUUCAUGAAAUUAACUUAAAUAAUAAAUGUAGUGGUCAAGCAUCAGCUGUGAAUGGAGAGGAGGUGGGUUAAACUGACAGGCAACGUGUGAUGAUUCUCACCUGUGUCUUGUUACCACCAGUCUACGUAUUUGUGUCUCUUUGUGCUUUCAGUGACUGCUGUAACAAGAAAGAGAGUGACAUAGCUGGAAAAGCCUGCUACAAACACAUUGGAAAAAUGAGCUAUUCUAGAUUCUUGCAUUCUCCACCAUUAUAUGAAAGGAAGUUCAGUUAUGGCUGUCCCUACUGCAAGGCUGUGUUUGCCACAAAAGUGCACCUGCAGAAGCACAAGCUGUGGAAUCAUUCAGAGAGGGUCAACAUGGACAGCAAGAUAGCAAUGACCAUGGAGCCAAUGGCUGAGCCGAAAGCCAAGCUGAAAAUGCAAAAAAAACCUGUAAAGAAAAAUACUAAAAAGAGAGUAUGGACCUCUUCUCUCAGGCCUAUGGAGAACAGCCCCUCCUCGCCAGUCUUUUUAAAGGUAAAGAAGAACCAGGAAAUGUCCCAGCACUUACAGAAUGGUGAGUGCUCUGACCAGUUGACAGAGAAAAAUGAACAGCACAGCUCCCAGCAACAACAACAAAAGGGAACUCUCUUGGAUGGUGGGAGCAGUGAAAGUGAAGGAAUCAGUCUACCUCUAGCUUUUCCUGAGGAAGACCCAGAAAGGAUGAAGCAUAGGAGGAAACAGAAAACUCCAAAGAAGUUCACUGGGGAGCAGCCCUCCAUCUCCGGAACAUUUGGUCUAAAAGGGAUGAAUAAAGUGGAUGAGAAGCUGAAGGUAGGCAGGACCCAGCGACCAGCGGGGGCACCAUUUGGAGGCAAUAGCAAUGUGGGGGAACCACAUUACCAUUGUCAAGCACCACCCCUUGAUUCUGAGGCACAGGAUGCCAUUUUGGAGCACAGUGAGGUGUCCUGCUCCACUUGCUCCAUUGUCACCUACAAGACUUGUCCUGGCUUCAAAAAGCACUUGAAGAUCUGUCAAAAGGCCCCGAUCAGUGAGGAAACGGAUUUGGAUAGUGUGAAGGUGGAUGAGAAAGUGCAGUCUCCCACUGACAAGACAAAAUCAGAUCCAGCCAAUAUGAAACUAAAGAAAAGUAUGGAGGAGAAGAGAGAGAAUAAAAAGGAUGAAAGUGUGGAGGCUGAAGAGGAGUUCUUGGACCUAGAACGCACUCCCAGUGGCAGGGUGAGGAGGCGCUCCGCCCAGGUAGCUGUAUUCCACCUGCAGGAGAUUGCAGAGGAUGAACUGGCCAAGGACUGGGCAACCAAACGUCGCAUCAAAGAUGAUCUUGUCCCUGACAUUAAAAGGCUGAAUUACACACGACCGGGCCUUCCCACCUAUAAACCUGAAACCUUGGAUACUUGGAAAAAUGCAGUGAAGGAAAAAGGUUUCAUCUGUUGUCCCAACAGUAGCUGUCAGGCCAUUUAUUCAAGUGUGUCAGGACUCAAAGCUCAUCUUACCAGCUGCAUCAAGGGAGGGGUCAUUGUGGGAAAGUAUACAUGCCUGCUGUGCCAGAAGGAAUUCAGCUCUGAGAGUGGGGUGAAAUACCACAUUUGUAAGACACACUCUCAGACUAGUGCACCAGUGUCAGCUGCUCUCACCUCCUCUUUCCGCACACCCUGCUGUCCCCUCAUUUUAAUUCAGAAUUGGUUUCGAGCAACAGGCCACGUGUCUAAGAGCAAGAACAAAGAUUCACAGAGCUACAAGGUGCAGAAAGACAUGAAAAAUGGAGUACCCUGGAAGAAAAGGGGACGGAAACCCAAAGAACGUCUGGUUGAAACAGCGUCCACUCAAGAAAAGACUUUGAGUACUAGCAGUGGACCUUCCGUGAAUCACCAAACCCAAAAUCCAAACACAAGCCAAACAUCAGUCCAAACAUCAAGCCAGAACCCAACCUACACCACCCGCAACAAUAUCCCAACACCAAUAGAUGGUAUAGCUCUAAUCCACAAUAGAGAUUUGCAGCCUCCUGUUAAGAAGAGAGCCAAACCUAAGAAAGCACUACUCUCAGAGUAACAUGACUUUCACCACUUCAAUACCAGACAGGAUGCUGUUAGCAAUAUGCCAGUAAACAAACUAAACAAUAAUUAAUCUGUAUGUCAUCACCUCUGCGAUUAAAUAUUCAGCAGAAGAUGGAGCUGAUACAGAAUAGGAGAGCAGUUGAGAAAGUGUCAACAGUUAGCUCUUGCAUUAGUUUUACACUUUUUUUUUUUUUUUUUACCUGAUAUAUACACAAACCUGAUAUACAGUCCCCUUUGAAAGGAUUGGAAUGGCAAGAAUUUAGCAGUGCUAUAUACUGAAGACAUUUGGGUUUGAGAUCAAAAGAUGAAUAUGAGACGGUAGAUCCGAAUUUCAGCCUUCAUUUCCUGAUAUUUACAUCUAGAUGUGUUAAACAAAUUACAACAUGGUACCUUUGGUCGCAGACCACCCAAUAUUUAGGUGAGCAAAAUUGUUGAAAAAGAUAGUCUUAAAAUAAAUAAUAUUAGUCAUUAGUGGUUAGCACAUUUGCGUCAUACCUCUGGAGUUGGGGGUUUGAAUCCUACCUUUGCCAUGUGUGUGUGCAGAGUUUACAUGUUCUUCCUGUGGUUUGGGGGUUUCCUCCAGGUACUCCGGAUUCCUCCCCCAGUCCAAAGAUAUGCAUUGUAGGCUCACUGGCAUUUCCAAAUUUGUCCAUAGUUUGUGAGUGGGUGUGGGAAUGGGUGUACGAUUGUGAUGCGAUCGGUUGCCACCUUGUUCAGGGUGUCCCCCGCCUCGUGCCCCGAGUUCCUUGGGAUAGGCUCCAGGCUCCCCCUGUGUAUGAUAAGCAGUAUGGAAAUGAAAUCCUUGGUUGUGUUAGCAGUGUGUUUUGGACCAUUGUCUUGCUAGAUGAUAUAGUUCCUCCCGAUUAGAUUGGAUGUGUUUAUCUGUAACUUGGCAGACAGAAUGUUUUUGGAGACUUCUGAAUUUAUCAUGCUGAUACCAACAUGAGUUACAUCAUCAAUAAAGAUUAGUGAGCCUGUUCCACAAGCCACCCUGCAAGCCCAAGCCAUGACACCACUAUACUUGUCUGAUGAGCUUGUAUGUUUUGGAUCAUGAGCAGAUCCUUUCCUUCUCCAAACUCUGGUCUCUACAUAACUUUCAUAGGGGUUAAUCUUGAUUCCAGAACUUUUAUGGCUCAUUUCCUUAUUUAUUUAUGAAUUCCAAUCUGGCCUUCCGAUUCUUAAUGUGGUUUGUAUCUUUGGUAUGGCCUCUAUACUUGCUCUUGAAAUCUUCUUCACACAGUGGAUUGGGAUACCUUCAGCCCUACACUGUGGAGAUUGCUGGAGAUGUCACUGUCUGUUGUUUUGGGGAUUUUCUUCACAGUUGUCACAGUGUUUCUGUAAUCAACUGCUGCUGUUUUUCUUGGCUGAUCUGUUAGAUGUCUAGUUAUUAGUACACUAGUGGUUUAUUUCUUUUUCAGUACAUUCCAAAUUGUUGUAUUGCCUAUGCCCAAUUCUUGUGCAAUGGCUCUAAUUGAUUUUCCCUCUUUUCUCAGCUUCAAAAUGGCUUGUGUUUCUCCCAUAGAGAGCUCUCUGGUGUUCAAGUUGGUUUGUCCUUUUAAACAACAAUUGCAGUAUUCACAUGUGAAACCCAGGGCUCAGACCAAGAAUAGACAUUCAGAGCUAUUAACUAUUUAAACAACCAAUCUAACAGGGCACACCUGGGCAACAAAAAACACGUGUCAGUCAAAUAUUACACUAUUUGAUUACUUGAAAAAUGAGUGGGUUCAAACAAAAUGUUCAAAUUUGUUUAACACACCUAGAUGUAAAUAUCAGGGGGGAAAAAAACUGCAAUUCUGAUCUCUUGUCUCAUAGUCAUCUUUUGAUCUCAAAUCCAAAUAUCUUUAGUGUAUAGCAAAAGCAAAAUAAUUGGCCUUGCUUUUCCAAUACUUUCAGAAUAAAAUGUGUGCAUAAAAUGUGUUUACUGGUAUGCUGAUAUUUAAAAAUCAAUUUUUGUUCCAUUUGAAAGUUAAUUUCA